UUUGCUUUCGCUGCCCUCCCACGUCUGUACCAAAUCCUUACAGAGCGAAGGCACGGGAUCGAAGAUUUCUUGGCUGCGGCGGCGGUGGCGGCGGCGCAGAUCCUGAGCCAAGUUGGGCGGGCACGCGCAGCAAAGAAGCUGAUCCAUCUCCUCCUUGAUGGCUCCUAGCCGUUUCUUCGCCUCUGGCGCGGUUUGAGGCAGAUUGGAUCAGAUUCCUCACCUCCUCCCCACUUCAGGCUCCCAGAUCAGCUCUCAGCCGUCCUCCCCCCCCCCCCCCCCCCCCCCCCCCGUCACCUCCUCUCGUGAUUUAGCACUAGCUCGGCGGUCGUGGAUCCUCGCCUCCUUCCCGACCGGUCGCUUCUUGUUCUGCGAAUAGGCCACCACGGCUCGUCAUUCUUCAUGUAAAAUAUAAAUGUUAAUUUUUAAUUAGCUAGUAGAUUGAUACUUCAUCUAUAUAGUUUUAUAUUCUUUCUACUUGUUAAUGUUGAAUCUGUCCAUUUAGUUGCUGGGUAGCAACAGAAGAAGAAUGAGCAGCAACCCAAGUAGCAUAGAAGCUGAUCUGCUCUGGGGUGAUUCUUAUGUUUGUUGGAUUCUUAUUUUUUUCCAGAAGUAGCAAGUUGAUUAGUGCUAUUACUUAGUUAUGGUAUUGUGUAGUGCUACUGGCUCAUGGAGAUCUUGUGUUGGCUUCAAUGGCUACUUCAGCCGUACCAAGCGCGUGUACCAACUGUACAUAAACGCUAUCCGAUUUCUAGCAGGAAGCAAUACACUAGCAAAUCUAGCUAUUCCGGUGAGAUGCACUAGUACACGAAGUAGGCUGCUCUAGCUUCGUCGAUUCUUCGGCGGCAAGCCGAAACGCACACACCUGAGACACAAUGGCUAUUUUUCUUUUUCUAUCUCUCCAAGAUAGAAUAGACACAAAGAUGCCAUUACAUAUUUUUCUAGGGGAUUCAUUGGGUUGGCUAUUCCUUUGAAAUGCUUACUGAUGAUCUUUCACCCCCAAAAGUCUGACAUUUGUUACGUGGACCCAGUAUUUCUAUGCACAUGAAUAUUUCCUGUCCUUCUGAGAGUGAUUAAUUACAUUUCCCUAAUCUUUCCCAUAAGCCAUGCCUUUGAUAUGACCCAUGUGGCAGAAGUUUGACAUGGAAAAGAUGAUCCCCAGUCUAAAUUUGCAAUUCUCAUCACAGGAUCCAGUAAUGGAGGGUAGCAGUGCGAUGUCUCCUCUAGGAGAGCCCUCAAUUCCAAUGAUCGCAGCAUGUGCACCAGCACUAUCAGCCAUGGAAUCGGUCAACAGUGUUCAAAAUCAAGAUUUCAGCGAUGCAACGUCAUUCGCAGAAAUUAAUUCCCCAUUGCUUCUCAUUGAUGACUCCAGUACACCGAAAAAAAAUCAUUCUCUCAAGAGGACAUAUGCACACAAUGUCGGAUUUGGUGUGCGUCUUGGACAACAAAGGGUCGUAGAUAAUGUGCUUCAAUGGAAACGCUUCCUGUGUGCAAAAGAAGGCUUCCGUCCCGAGAAAGGUAGGUCGAACUGAUCAAGUCUAUAAGAGUCCAACCUCUCCCAGCAGGAAGCUCGAUUACUAGGAAGCACUAACACAAGGCAGAAUGAUAGAUAGUUUUGGUCUUGCACCAGCAAGAUGCUUGUUGGGUGAUGAUAAUGUCAGUUUUUACCACUUGGUCUUGCAGGCCAUAUAUUAAAAAUGAUCUGUAUGUUUCAUGUACUCAAGUACUCAAAUGCUUGCUGAGCACUGAUAAAUUUAGUCCUUAAUU